UGUGCGUGCGCAGCGUGGCGCGAUGCACCUGUGGCUACAGCCCCGCUGCUGUAGCCGAAGCCUUGGCCCUGUUACGGCCACCUCGCCCGCUUUCCCCGUGGGGAGAUCAAUCCCAGAGAAUAUCGCGGCUUUGGAAACACCGUUUCCAGGCUGCCGCGGGUUCGGGAGGCAGGCGCGGCAGCGGCGCGAAACCGAAAGUGCAGCGGCCGGGCGGGCCCGUGGCGGGCCCGAGCUCCGCCCGCCCCCCGCGGGCCCCCGCCCCGCUCCCUCCCUCCCAUGAGCGCCCGAGCCACCGGCCUCAGCAUGUCGGAGAGUUUCGAGCGGGUGCCCCGUGCCAGCCGUGGCCCGGGCCGGGGAGGGGGCGCGCCGGAGAGCGGCAGCGGCGGGGCCUGCCCCGGGGGCAGCGCUGCCCGCGGCUCGGGCUCGGCCGAGGAGCAGCAGCACCAAGCGGGCGGCCUCUUCCCGCAACAGGAACCAUUGCGGCCUCCGAAGACGGCGCCGCUGGGCACCGGGAUGGCAGAACACCUGCAAAAGACAGGAUUUCCAUCUGGAGCAGAAGAUAAAGCUUCAGUUCUUGAUUCUGGACCAGAAAUGACUGAACCUCAGUUGGCUGUGGCUUCUGUGGUAACAUCAAAGCUGUCUGUUAAAGCGCCUGAAUUUUAUCCACCAGGGUACAACCAGAAUUUCAAUCAGAAUUUCACAGAUUCUUCCUUUGAAGAUAGAUAUGAUGGCUAUCUGACUUUAGCAGAAUAUGUACAAGACUUCCUAAAUCACCUCACUGAGCAGCCAGGUUGUUUUGAAACUGAAAUAGAGCAUUUUGCUGAGGCACUGAAUGGCUGGGUCACUACAGAUGAAGCUUUACAAGAACUUGUUGAACUCAUCUACCAGCAGGCCACAUCUGUCCCAAAUUUUUCCUACAUGGGAGCACGGUUGUGUAACUAUCUAUCUCACCAUCUAACCAUUAGUCCACAAAGUGGGAACUUCCGACAGUUGUUACUUCAAAGGUGUCGAACAGAGUAUGAAAACAGAAAUGAAGCUACCAAAGGUGAUGAGGCUACUAAAAAACAAUUUCAUUCCUUUGUGCUGUUCUUAGCUGAACUUUACCUUAACUUAGAGAUUAAAGGAACAAGGGGACAGGUAACACGAGCAGAAAUUCUUCAAGAAGGCCUUCGGGAAUUACUAAAUGCACUCUUCUCUAAUCCUGUGGACAGUAAUUUGAUAUGUGCAGUGAAACUCCUGAAGUUGACAGGCUCAGUUUUAGAAGAUGCCUGGAAAGAAAAAGGAAAGAGUGAUAUGGAGGAAGUGAUUCAGAGAAUUGAAAAUGUUGUGUUGGAUGCAAGCUGUAGCAGAGAUGUAAAACAUAAGCUUCUGAAACUAGUAGAACUGCGAUCUAGUAACUGGGGUAGAGUUCAUGGAACAACUUCACAUACAGAAGCUACCCCUGAAAAUGACCCCAACUAUUUUAUGAAUGAGCCAACAUUUUACACAUCUGAUGGUGUUCCUUUCACUGCAGCAGACCCAGAUUAUCAAGAAGAAUACCAAGAGCUGCUUGAAAGAGAAGAUUUGUUUCCAUAUUAUGAAGAAAACGGAGCAGAUCUAUUAGGACCUGGGGAUAUGUAUUUUGAUGAGAUUGAUGAUGAGAUGGAUCCAGAAAUUGAAGAAGCAUAUGAAAAAUUCUGUCUAGAAUCAGAACAUGAGAGAAAACAGUGAGAUGUUACAUAUUAAUGUUAGUUUAUUAAACCUGUUUAGGUAUAGUUAGAAUACAGGGGGACACAAAACAUUUGUACCAAAAUGAGGAACUUUAGUUUCUUCAAGUACUAAAGUUAUACAAUUUCCAUUUUGUUUAACAGAAUCUGCCAAAAAUUGUAAACUUAUGCCCUGUAACUUAAAAUGUUGUGUAUAUAUCAUAGUUUAUUUUAUGAAUAAUGUUUUUUGAACAAUGUUUUGGCUGCAAUAAAAAUUAUUUAGAAGUUAUAAUUGAAAUUAAAGUUUAAUGGGGAAAUGCCCCAUAAAAUUUCCCUUGAGGGAGAAAGGGAAAGAAUAAUGAUCUGAAUUUGCUUGCUUGUUUGCUUUAGUAUAUAUUGGGGAUAUACUCAUUCUAUUUACCAUAUACCGUAUAUGUUGUAUUUGAUUCCUUCCCUUCCCCCCAACAAGAGUGUGAUUGAAAUAACGAAAAAAUUAAUUUUUUUUGUAGAUCACAAUCAUGAGAAGUGGUUUGUGAGAGUUUUGUUUUGUGUAUGGAUUUUUGUUUUGUUUAUUUCUGUUUUAUUACUCUUCCAAAACAUGUAUGGGUGAGGUCUGGACUUUUUUUUUCCCCCCUUGAAUAAAUGUUAUAUGUUGAUAUGUGAAAAAGCAAGCAGUAUUUUGGAAGUGAGGUGCUUUCAAGAUCUUUGGUUCAGAUAAGCUCAUUUUCAAAUUUACAAGCAAAAACUAUGCUGUAAUUUGUUGUGUUCUUCGAGACUACAAUAACGUGGUUAUGUUUGAAUCCAUGCUUCUCAAGCGUACAUGCAGUGCUCUUUUUUCUUCUUUUUUUUUUUUGUUUUCAAUAAUGUAUCUAACAUGUCUAACCUUCUGGCAAUGCUUGUAACUUCCUUUAUUCUUCUAAUUUUAUGUAGUUUGAUUUAAUUUUGUAAUUGAAGUAAAUUCAUUUAUUUCAUAAAUGUUAA